CCCAGGCCCAGGCUAGGGCUCGGGCACGGGCUCCGGCCGCCGCGCGCCCCCCGCCCCCCGCCCCCGGGGCCAGCAUGUGGGAGCCUGCGGACUUCGAGCGCCACUGGAGGGCUGAGUUCCCCGGGGAGCCGGUGCCCUCUAUGCAGCUGGACUCGGUGCCAGCCAUGCAGCAGGAGCUGGAGCGCUGCAAGCUCAACCUGAAGCGGCUGCAACAGGUGCUGGCCGAGGAGAAGUUCAAAGUCAUCUACCUGCAGACGGCCCUGGCCCGGGAGAAGCGGGGCUACGACUGCGGCCGCUGGGGGGGCUGCGGCGGCGGGGACGACGGCGGCAGCGGCGGCGGCGGCGGCGGCUCCGGCUUCGGCCCCGGCCCCAGUCUCGGCCCCGCCGAGAAGGAAGAGAAGGAGGCGCCGGCCACAGACCGGCCGGAGCAGCCGCAGCCCCAGCCCCAGCCGGAGUCCACCGCGGUGGACAGCGGCCCAGGCGGUCCCAGCGCAGCCACCCCGGCCAAGUCUCCCCACUAUGUCAACCUGGAGUUUCCUGCGUGGCUGGGGGCGCCCGGGGAAGGGGGCGCCGUGCGGAGCUUGACCGCGGCCAUCCACCAGCAUCUGUUCCUGAGGCCCCAGGAGGAGCCCGAGCCCGAGCCCGAGCCUAAGCCGGAGCACGAGCCGGAGCGCGCCCCCGGGGAUGCCCAGAGGCAGGAGGAGCCCGCGCAGCCGUCCCCGGACUCGGCCGCCGCGGCCCCCAGCACCAGCCCGGAGGAAGUCGAGGAGCUGUCCCCAGCGGCGCUCGAGGACCCGGAGCCCGAGGCCCAGGGUACUGCCGACGAGGGCGGGGACAGCAGCGACCACGACUUCGAGGUGGUGGAUCUGAACGAGAAAUUCGUCCUGGGGCACCUGCUCCUGGCACCCUGCCGCUUCCUGCCCCGCGAGGACGCGCUUGAGAAGCCCCCCCGGGCGGGCAGCCCCCACCGUUGGCUGCACCUGAUAGGGGGCAAACGGCACCGGCGCAGCCGGGACCUGGACCAGCUGGAGGCGGAGGGCAAGGACGGGCGGUGCUCGCCCUUACCCCCGGAGGAACCCCACUCCCGAGGGGCUCGGGAGCAUCUCCCGCCCUGGAGGCGCAAGAGAUUCUUGGGGGUGCCAGGCCGAGACUCACCGGGCCAUAGCUCCCCGGAGAGGUGCAGCGACUGCAGCUACAACAGCUCGGACCACGAGGAUGUCUCCUCCGCAGACUUCAGCUACGGGGCCGACGACUACGACGGGGAGGGGAAUGAGGAGCAGAAGGUGCCACCCGAGGGCUCGGAGACCAUGCCGUACAUCGAUGAGUCGCCCACCAUGUCCCCUCAGCUCAGUGCCCGAAGCCAGGGUAGUGGGGAUGGCAUCUUGCCCACCCCCCCAGAAGGUUUGGGACCUGUGGUGGAGGCGGGGAAAGGGCUGGAAAUGAGGAAGCUGGUUCUCUCAGGAUUCCUAGCCAGUGAAGAGAUCUAUAUCAACCAGCUGGAAGCAUUGUUGCUGCCCAUGAAACCCCUCAAGGCCACAGCCACCACCUCCCAGCCUGUGCUCACCAUCCAGCAGAUCGAGACCAUCUUCUACAAGAUCCAGGACAUCUAUGAGAUCCACAAGGAAUUCUACGACAACCUCUGCCCCAAGGUGCAGCAGUGGGACAGCCAGGUCACCUUGGGCCACCUCUUCCAGAAGCUGGCCAGCCAGCUUGGUGUGUACAAAGCCUUUGUGGAUAACUACAAAAUCGCUUUGGAGACGGCCGAGAAGUGCAGCCAGUCCAACAACCAGUUCCAGAAGAUCUCCGAGGAACUCAAAGUCAGAGCCCCGAAGGACUCCAAGGACAGCCACACGUCCAUCACCAUGGAAGCACUUCUUUACAAGCCCAUCGACCGUGUCACACGGAGCACCCUCGUCCUCCACGACCUCCUCAAGCACACGCCAGUGGACCAUCCUGACUACCCAUUACUGCAGGACGCCCUGCGCAUCUCCCAAAACUUCCUGUCCAGCAUCAAUGAGGACAUUGACCCCUGCCGGACUGCGGUCACUACCCCCCAAAGGAGAGGAGAGACCCGGCAGCUGGUGAAGGAUGGGUUCCUUGUGGAGAUGGCUGAGAGUUCGAGGAAGCUUCGACACGUCUUCCUCUUCACGGACGUCCUGCUGUGUGCCAAGCUGAAGAAGACAUCCGUGGGGAAACACCAGCAGUAUGACUGCAAGUGGUACAUCCCUCUGGCAGACCUGGUUUUCCCAUCCCCAGAGGAGUCAGAACCCAGCCCCCAAGUGCACCCCUUCCCAGACCAUGAACUGGAGGACAUGAAGAUGAAGAUCUCUGCUCUCAAGAGUGAAAUCCAGAAGGAGAGAGCCAGCAAAGGUCAGAGUCGAGCUAUGGAGAGGUUAAAGAAGAAGAUGUUUGAGAACGAGUUCUUACUGCUGCUGAAUUCUCCAACAAUCCCCUUCCGGAUCCACAACCGCAAUGGAAAGAGCUACCUAUUCCUCCUGUCUUCAGACUAUGAGAGGUCGGAGUGGAGAGAAGCCAUUCAGAAACUGCAGAAGAAAGAUCUCCAGGCCUUUGUCUUGAGUUCAGUGGAACUCCAAGUGCUCACAGGGUCCUGUUUCAAACUGCGAACUGUUCAUAAUAUUCCUGUCACCAGCAAUAAAGAUGAUGAUGAGGCCCCAGGACUCUACGGCUUCCUGCACGUCAUUGUCCACUCCGCCAAGGGGUUUAAGCAGUCAGCCAACUUGUACUGUACGUUAGAGGUGGACUCAUUCGGCUAUUUUGUCAGCAAGGCAAAAACCAGGGUCUUUCGGGACACGACGGAGCCUCAGUGGAAUGAGGAGUUUGAGAUCGAGCUGGAGGGCUCUCAGUCUCUGCGGAUCCUCUGCUACGAGAAAUGCUACGAUAAGACGAAAGUCAGCAAAGACAACAACGAGAUCGUGGACAAGAUCGUGGGCAAAGGACAGAUCCAGCUGGACCCACAGACCGUACAGACGAAGAACUGGCACAUGGAUGUGAUCGAGAUGAACGGGAUCAAGGUGGAGUUCUCCAUGAAAUUCACCAGCCGGGACAUGAGCCUGAAGAGGACCCCUUCGAAAAAGCAGACAGGAGUGUUCGGGGUGAAGAUCAGCGUCGUGACAAAGCGAGAGCGCUCCAAGGUACCCUACAUCGUCCGGCAAUGUGUGGAGGAGGUAGAGAAAAGAGGCAUUGAGGAAAUCGGAAUCUACCGGAUUUCGGGGGUGGCCACUGACAUCCAGGCGCUGAAGGCUGUCUUUGAUGCCAACAAUAAGGAUGUGCUGGUGAUGUUGAGUGACAUGGACAUCAAUGCCAUUGCGGGGACCUUGAAGCUCUACUUCCGGGAGCUCCCGGAGCCCCUCCUCACAGACAGACUCUAUCCAGCCUUCAUGGAGGGCAUUGCCCUCUCGGAUCCUGCUGCCAAGGAAAAUUGUAUGAUGCACCUUCUCCGAACCCUUCCCGACCCCAACCUCAUCACUUUCCUCUUCUUGCUAGAACACUUGAAAAGGGUUGCUGAAAAGGAACCCAUCAACAAAAUGUCCCUUCACAAUCUGGCCACUGUGUUUGGCCCAACAUUACUGAGACCAUCUGAGGUGGAAAGCAAAGGACACCUAACCUCAGCCUCGGACAUCUGGUCCCACGACGUCAUGGCACAGGUCCAGGUCCUCCUUUAUUACCUGCAGCAUCCUCCCAUCUCCUUUGCAGAACUAAAACGGAACACACUGUACUUCUCCACAGACGUUUAGCAUAGGCAUGGGUGGCAUGGGGUCCACCACGGGGGCACCAGUCCCUCUCGGCUUGGCCCUGGGGCUCAGCAUAGACUUGAAAAUCCAAUCAACCGACCACCCCACAAAACCAGAUGGAGCAAACCAGACAACAAGGGAAGCAGAUUUCUGAGAACUGGAAUGUGCGUGUCUCCUGUGCAGCCUUGUACAAAGCUGGCCUCAUCCUCCCCCUCUGCCCCCAUCACCCCGCUGUGCUCCAUCCCUGCCCCUCUGUACUUCCGCUCACGUCUGAUGCCCCGUGGUGUUCAGGAACUAUCCUAUGUAUAUUUGUUACGAAGAAAAGGCAGUGGCCGACUCAGGCUGGGGACCCGGACAGCCUGCUCUGUGGUUUUCUUUCCUCUGGCAUUUUCAUUUCUUCUGAGUCUAAAUGCAGAGGUUUUUUGUUUGCUCUGUGUGACUUCUGCCAAGCUGCCCUCUCCUGGCACUGCUCCCAGAAGCCCCUCCUCUUUGUUUCCUCUACCAACUCCCACCCCACACCCCUCUGCAUGUAAAGCCUCAGCCUGGGUUCUCUCAUCUGGGAGAGCUCUCCACGGUGCCAUGUCCUGCUUUGCCUUGACACCGGUGAGGACGGUGAGGACACCAGACCAUGAGAUGGGGUUGUGCUACUUCCCCUCCCCCGGGCUCUGAGCAAGUGCCCAGAGACAACUUUGGGAGCUGCUGUUCCUGAGAGUGUCUAUAAGGGUCCUUCCCUGAUUCCUUUCCCCAUCUCUAGGAGGGAUUAUCACCUGAUUUUUCUUCCCUUGCUUUUUAAUUCCUUCCUCCUCGGUAUUCUAUCUCCUUUGUGUGCGGACUCAUGGUGGAUGACCUGCUGUCCAGCCAGAGGGUCUGGGGGGCCUCUUCACUCACAGAGGUGUGUGUGACCUUAGGCAUGUCAUUCCCCUCUGAUCCUGUUUCCUCAUCUGCCAAAUACAGGUCGUGGACUAGAAGACCUCGAUGCUCUUUCCUCUCCUCUGGAUCUCUGAUCUUGGGGAAAUGGAAGAGCUUGGGCCACUUCUCCCCAUUUUGUGUUCACAGGUUGGAAAGUGAGAGGUACUGAGUAUAGCCCUGGGGUCCCUAAGGGGCUGGAUGGGAGAUAGGGCAGGGAAGGCAGCUCUGUGAGUGAGGGGCUAACAACUAUUGUCCUGCUGAGGCUUGUCUCCCCUGGGGCAACAAAUAGGACUGACCCAGGUGCCCAGAAAAGAAGUCAGCCUUCAGCAGGCAGUAGAACUCGGCCCCUGGCACCCCUGUUGUACCUCCUCAGUAACUUUGCCUUAGACCUGUGUGCUAUGCAGCCAGGCACUGCCACAGGGUAGCCCCUCAUGCCCUCGGGGAGAUCCAGUAGGAUCUCUGAAAUCCCCUUCUCCCCCUGCCCCAGCCAGCAGGAGAGGGUAGGUCAGCUACAGCACUGACCCCCUCUCCUGCCUUGCCAGAGCAUCUGGGGUAGGAACAGCUCGAGGCCUGGGCACAAUAGUUACAGUCAGCCUCCAUGGUGCUGUCCAUUCAUAUCUCGCUUCUCCUGCCUGCCUGGCUUCUGGCAGUGACCUUCCCACCCAGCUGCGGGAAGGGGGUUGGAGGAAGUGAGCCAUUUGGCCUCUUCGAGGACUGCACUUCCGAUGGGCUGACGCACACCCAGUUCUGGCACUCCCCAGCCAAACACUGGCAGCUCCACAGCAUGACUUGUGGAGAACAAGUUGGAUUCUGAUUCUCCUGGGAGACCGGCUACCUCGCGCUGGGAAGGGGAGGGAAGUCCCCAUAUCUGUACCGCGGGGCUUGGGCCUGAUAGCCCACUGAGUUUUCCAUUCACACAGUGACAUGAUAGAGUCCACUUGUACACAGGCAGGGCUUUCUGUGUUGGAGGGCAUUUGGAAGAAGAGUGCCAUCAGUCUAUUCCUGGCCUCUUGGAAGCUGUGACCAGCCUGGCUGGUGCUCAUGGUCAAAUUUUGAUCAAGGGCACAUCGAAGAUGCCAGCCCCUUCGGUGAGAAGCAGUGCCCUCUCUGGUCCUCUUUUUCUCCCUUGCCCAGGAGCUGGAUAUGGCCAUGCUCUGGCAAUGUUGGGGAAAGGAAAAGGGUGACAGGAGAGGGGACCCACGGGCAGCAGAGGUACUAGGACACAGAUGAAAAGAGGAAAAUGCCCAAGUCCAGACGCCCCAGCUGCCCAGUAGCCUUGGCAUGCCAAAGUUAGCCUUCUGUACUAUGGACCCUUUCUUUGGCUUCCAAAUCAAGUCCCAGGACUGGAGAGAAAGCCUGACUGGAGCUGGCAGCAGCUGAAGAGGAGUCCUCUUCCCCAAGGCCCCCACCAAGAAGCCAGUGGGAAAACAGAAGCGGCUUCUGGCUUCUUAGGGAAUCAGCUGCUGCCACCUGGAGACGAGGAAGCAGGAGAGAAGUAGAGGCUAAGGAGAAGGUAAAAGAAUAAAAAUAUUUAUAAUCUAAAAGUCCCCAGUGGGAAGAGAGGAUAGGUACUAAGCCAGGACAAAGCUGUACAAGAGAGAGAUCCUUUGGUUUCUCGAGUUCCGGCCUCUGCAGCCCAGGCCCCCAGCCAUGGUAGCCUGCUGUGUGGCACAGGUGGAGUUAACAACAGAGGCCCCGAAAACAGGCUGCAGGUGUCCCCCCCACCCCCCACCCCUCACUCCGUGUCGCCUUGCCCUCUUCCAUGCAGGGGCCUGGGAGAUCUGGAGAGUUUUGUGGAUACAGGUAGGAUAGGACUGUUCAUUAAUAAUUUGACUUUCAUAAGUUGGUAAGGAUAUAUUUUUUUGUCUGUGUUGUUUCAAUUAUGUAGAUUAUUAUAAAUGGAUGUAAACCAUGUGAGAGGAAAAUGUUAAUAAAAAUGCAAAGCCCCAACAUUUGCACAAAACAG